AUGGCAGCCGCAGCUCUCUCCGCCCAACCCAACCGCCUUAGCUCAGCCUCCGAUGCUCCUCUCCACCCGCUCUACCUUCCUUCCAAGCUCAAUUCCCUUUUCUUCCCGACUCACCCGUGGCGCUCCGCCGCGAUUCUCCUUCCUACGCGGCGUCGAUGCGCGGCGCCUAGAGCCAGUUCUCGCGCUGACGAUUCUCCGCCGUUCGACAUGUCUGUGGAGACGGCUCUCAAGGUCCUCGGUGUCUCUGAAGGAGCUUCCUUCGACGAAAUUCUUCGCGCCAAGAAGUCGAUCCUCGCUUCCCGUAAGGACGACCCCAACGCCAUCUCCCAGGCGGAGGCUGCAUAUGACAUGCUGCUGAUGCAGAGCCUAAACCAACGGCGAGCAGGCAAAGUAGUGAGCAACAAUAUUCGCUACGCCGAUGUCAAAACCAGUACCCCGGGCAGGGUGUCUCAGUGGAUGAAGAAUCCACCCGUCUCUCUUGACAUGCCAUCCACGAGCAAUCUCGGAAUCCAAGCCGGAGUCUAUGGAGCAAUGAUGGCCUUGACCUACGUGAACGGAAGUUCCGAGUCUUCCGGGAUCCCUUACGCCGCUGCUGAUGUGCCCGGCCUCAUUUUGGCCACCAGCUUUGGAGCUUCCCUCUACUUCAUGACCAAAAGGAACGUCAAGCUAGGGAAAGCAGCUGCAAUCACGGCAGGAGGACUAGUGGCAGGUGCAGUGGUGGGAUCGACCGUGGAGAGCUGGCUCCACGUUGACGUGGUCCCUUUGCUGGGUCUCCACUCUCCAGCCGCACUCGUGAGUGAAUUCAUAGUCUUUUCCCAGUUCUUGGUCUCUCUAUACUUGCGGUAG